AAUAAUGCAGUUUUGUGUGAUAAUCUUUAAAGCAAACAGGAACACAAAGAGGAACAUCACACUCUGCACAAAUAUAAGUUGUUUGUGUUCUUAUUUGGUGUGAUGAACAUACAAUACAUUGUCUUCGACGUAUUCUAUUAUUUCUAUCGACACUUGGUAUAUAUGAUGGAAAAUGUCGUUCUGUGAGGCGCAAAGGUGCUGGUUGAUCCAUUGGUCUGCCAACGGAAGUUGUUCGCUGCGCUACUAAAGGAAAAUCCCAAUGUCGAAUGUCACUAUAUCACAGAAAAGGAGAUUGUGGGAGGAUGUGUGAACGUAAGAAAUAGUAAUUCGAUAUGUCAAUUUGAAGAUAUUGUUGAUCUCUAUUGAACUGUGAAAUCAGCUUAAGUCCAUACUUUAAUGCUGAAAAGAAAAACAUGGUUAACUCCUUAAGGAAUCGCCGGGACUGAAAGGGUUAAAUAAUUUCCGUAAUUUUACGAUGUAUAUAUUGACAAAAUAACCAGAGUGAUUCUUCUAUAUCAUUACUGUUGUCAGUUGAUGGUGAAGAAGCAGGAGUAGUGGUAGAAGACAUGAUGUAUAACCAGCUGUAGUAUAAGAAUUCUAACUUUAAUAGGUUAAUAAAGAGAGACUUCCAACUGCUAUACAUAUUCAAGUUAAACAAUCAAUGGAUGUUUGUUAUCGAUCAUUUGUUAAGAGUCGGCUACAACUCCAACUUGUGUGCAUAUGAAGUUAUUUCUAAUGAUGACUUAGAAAUCAUUUCGCCAAAGGAUUUAAAAUACUAUCACAAAGGCAUUAAUCUAUACGAAUUAGACAACUGUUACUGUGUGAGCCUUUCACCGAGAUUAACAGAAUGAUAGAAAAAAUGUAUUGAAGAAAACAGAACCACUGUCUGAAUAUUCGGCUCGUAUUUUAAACCUUUAAAUUGUUGACGUCAUAGAAGAUAAUGAAAAGUUUCUAAAUGCAUGAAGACAGCUACGGCUCUACUGACAGUCAAAUUUUUUUAGGAUCUCAGCUCUGAACUUUUCACAAAAAUUUUUAUUUGCUUCUUCUGUUUUAGCCGAAGGUAUUGAUGGUGUAACAUUGGCAAUGAUGGAUCAUGAUUCAAUCAAACUAGUUAUGCCUAGAUUUAAAGAUCAAUUAUUAUUUAUCAAUAAACAACGUGGACUAUUUGAGAAAGAAAAUAAUGCAUACAAUAGUAGCAGUAAAACAAUAGCGUCAUUCGUUGAAAAAUUCUUCUCAUUGACAACAACGGUUAAACAAAAUGAUUUAUUGAAACCAGAAGAUGAUAAUGUUGAGCUGUCACAUCAAUUGUCACUUACAGUACUAAGUGCAACAACAACUGAAUUUAAUAUAAAAAAAGAAUUUCUUGACAAAUAUUCACUCCCCAAUCUUCCCGAACAUGUGCAAUUGUCUAUCACAAAUAAACAAUAUGACAAAUUUGAAAAAUUAUGUAAUUACAGACAAAUUAUUAUUGAUGCUGUUUAUAAUGAUAUCACAACGACGUUUAGAUUAUUAUAUCCUAAAGCUAAACAAUACGAAUCAAUAGCUCAUGGAAUUGUUGAAUGUCUUGGACUGAAUCUCACCGAGACUAAUAUAACCACAUGGAAACAGUCUUUAAUAUCAAAGAUGAAACGUGCAAAGCAAGCAAAAACGUCAAAUGAAGAAGUGGUUGCCAUGUACCAUAAAAAAAGGUUUUCGUGA